AUGCAUAUUAUAAUACAACGGCGAGCAUCGAUCAAGCUAAAGAAGCAAUGGCCAACAAAGCAUUAAUCAAGUGGAUUGUGAGUUUGGAUAUUCCCUUUUCAUCUGUUGAUUCUCCUUAUUUCGAAGAUUAUACCAAGUUAUUGAACUUUGAAUAUAAUUCACCCAAGCGCAGUGCAUUAACAACUUCAAUUUUGGAUACAGAAAUGGUGAACAUUAUACUAAAGAUGAAAAAAGAAUUAUCAAAGGCUAAAAAUUUUACGUUGUGUAUUGAUGGUUGGAGUAGUCCAUUGAAACAUAGCAUAUAUGCUUUCGUUAUAAUGACAAAUGAAAGGAAACAAUAUAUUUACUCUUUGCAAGAUUUUUCAAGAUUCUCACAUACAGCAAGCUUCAAUGCUGAAAAAAUAAUAGAAGUGUUGGAAAAAGUCAGACCUGAAAAAUUUAUAGCAGUGGUAUUGGAUGCAGAAUCUGCUAUAAUGAUAGCUAAACCUGGUGCUGCCCUCAGAGAUGAAAUUAUAUAUUCCUUUAUUGUUGAUGGGAAUUUAAAGUCAACAACCAAGACAUGGUGGUCAACAGCAUGGGACUCUUGUGAAUCCAUAUUGCGUAAUGAAGCAAACAUUAGAUUGGUAUUAGAACAAGAGCCUCAAGUUUUUAGUCAUGCUAAUGCUGUCAAGAACCUUAUUAAUAAUCAUCAAUUUUGGGUUGAUGUUGAACAAUUGCGAAAUAUUCUUGGUCCAGCAAAGCGAGCU